AAGGUCCUCACCCGGUUUGACAGCAACCUCUGGGACUUGACUGCUUUUCUGGAGUUGUAGGGGGGAAUCCUCAGUUUAACAUCAUCAGCAUUCAUUCUUAACUCUUUAGUUAGAGUAAUUUUCAUUCAUAAAAGCGAAAAAUCAUCGUAAAUCAUGGCUGCCUACAGAUUAGUGCUGAUCCGCCACGGCGAGAGCAACUGGAACCAGGAGAAUCGGUUCUGCGGCUGGUUCGAUGCUGAUUUGAGCGAAACCGGGGAGAAGGAAGCGAAGAGAGGUGGACUGGCCCUGAAAGAUGCCGGCUUUGAGUUCGACAUUUGCUACACCUCCGUGCUGAAGCGGGCCAUCAGGACACUGUGGCUGGUCCUGGACAGCAUUGACCAGAUGUGGGUGCCAGUGCACCGGACCUGGCGGCUCAACGAGCGCCACUACGGAGGCCUGACAGGGCUGAACAAGGCAGAGACAGCUGCCAAGCACGGAGAGGCUCAGGUCAAGAUCUGGAGGCGCUCGUUUGACAUUCCUCCUCCCUCCAUGGGUCCAGAGCAUGACUACUACACUAUCAUCAGCAAGGAUCGUCGCUAUGCAGAUCUGACUGAGGACCAGCUUCCUUCCUGCGAGAGCCUUAAGGACACUAUCGCACGGGCGCUGCCCUUCUGGAACGAGGAGAUCGCCCCUCAGAUCAAACAGGGGAAGAGGGUGCUCAUCGCUGCCCAUGGAAACAGCCUGAGGGGGAUUGUUAAGCACCUGGAGGGAAUGUCAGAUGAGGCCAUCAUGGAACUGAACCUGCCAACAGGCAUCCCCAUCCUCUAUGAGCUCGACAAAAACCUGAAACCUGUGAAGCCGAUGCAGUUCCUGGGAGACGAGGAGACUGUACGCAAAGCUAUGGAGGCCGUGGCUGCUCAGGGGAAGGCCAAGAAGUAAAGUGAUAGAAAAGCCCUCCCUGUGUAUCAUGGCAUAGGUUGUACCAGACAACUGGACUAAGAUUAGUGUUCUUCCUUAAACCCUAAUUUAUUUUAGAUUGUUAUACAUGAUGAGUAUACUGUACAUUGUUGUUAAAGGCAACCUCACUCUACUUGAUCAGUGCAGGGAUAGUAGAUGGUGAAUGGAUGAUAUAUUAGGGCCUGGAGUGCCACAUCUCUCAAGAGAUUGAAAAUUAUUUUUGCUAAAAUGGUCCAUUAAGAAGAUAGCAUUUCAUUGAAAUUUAUAGUAUUGGUGAUAAAAGUAGUUUCUUACCUGUGUACUUGAAUAUUUAAAGAAUAGCAGUUUUACUAAUUAAGAAAAAAAUACAGAAGUCUUGGCUGUGGUGUCCUCGGCUGUAAUGCUGAAUAUUAGGGUAAAAGGUGAUUAAACUAAUUAAAGAGAAAAAGAGUGUAGUCCUGGCUGAAGAUGAAGAGUGGAGAACGAGUGGAGACAACAUGAGAGACAUGACAGCUCUUGUUGUGGCGUCGGUUUGUCUAAGCUUAUACUGUAAAUCUAUGGGAUAAUGUUUCCCAAGUGCACUGAUGGUGGUAAGGAAGUUAAACCUAUACGUAUCUGAUCAAACUGACUUCAUCAUAAACUGCCCAGGACACCAUUAUUAUUUCUGAAUGACUUGGGGAUAUUGUAGCCUAUUAUAAUUUAAUUUGAAAUAAACUUUAAUCUUUAUUUAAUUGUAUUCACAUACACUGGCCAUUUUUAGAUUUUGUAUGAUACAUUUUUAACAAAAAAGGGACCACUGCAAAGGGUGCAGUUUAUGUUUAUCUCACUUUUCAAAGGAUUUAAUUGAUGCAUUCCAUUGAAGGGAUGUAAUUUUGCAAUCUCUUGAGAGCAGGAUGGGACAGUUAGGACUGCUUAUAAGUCAUUUUCUCAGUGGUAUUUGUGCAGUGUCCUUGUUGCUGUCUGUCUGUGUUGUGUCUGACAAUCUGUAUUUUUCUUUUUGCGUUUCACCAGGUUUUGUCCAAUUUCAAUGGUGCCAAACACUACUACUACUAAGUGAUAAAUCCAUUAUUUGGAUUACUCUCUUUGACCACCUUUGGUCUGUCUUUGUCUCCUGGUGCCAUAGUGUUUAUGUUCCUACAGCUCCUUUUCCUACAGUAAAUGUCUACACCUGGCGAGCAUUUUUCUUUAACAAAUGUAAUUCCCUCUGUGUUGGUUAAAUGUACCCUGAAAGCUCUGAUAUAAU